CUUCGCGGGGGCGCCGCGCUGCCGGAGUUCGCCGUCUCCGUGGCCGGCGGCGGGGACAGGGGCCCGGAGCGAGCCGUGCCGCACGGCGGCGCAGCGGGGCCCGUGCGGACGUGGGCCCUCGCGGAAGAGACGGCGGCGGCCACGGCGACAGCGGCGAGCGAG